AUGGGCCAGGGUGCGCCCCCAAUGUCUCAGGCCUUGAAACAGAAAGUGGACGCGGAGAUCAAGCGAAUUGUUGACGAGCAGUAUCAGCGCGGCAUGGCGCUGCUGAGGGACAACAUGUACCUCUUGGACACACUGGCCAAAACCCUGAUGGAGGAGGAGAAGGUCUCUGGUGAGCAGCUGAUGAAGAUGAUCAACCAGGCGGCUGCUGAAGGCAAGCUGGUGAUGGGAAACAGCAAGAUGGCAGUGGCAGCAUAUGCAGGGGAGA